AUGGCCUUUUUCCGCAUCACCCUCCUCCGCUCCGCAAUUGGAUUGCCGCGUCGCUCAACAGAUGUCCUCAAGGCCCUUGGCCUGAAGAAGCGUAUGGCGACUGUCUUCCACGCUGUCUCCCCCUCUGUCGCCGGUCAGAUCAUGAAAGUCAAGGAGCUUGUCCAGGUCGAGGAAUGCCAAUACCGCCUCACGAAGCAAGAAGUGCACCUGGAGCGUAAGCCCGACCCUGGAUAUUACCUUGAGAAGAGCGCUGCCGAGCAGCGCAGCGAGUCGAGCUCUUAA